AUGCACCCAGUCGGAAGCAUGGAUAAGGUGCACCAUCUCAACUCGCGGAUCAUCACACUGACUGCGACUGUUGCGAGUCUGCAGACCGCAAAUGGGCAAUCUCAGCAAACAAUCGAGAGACUCGGCCGUGAGCUGCAAGCGGCGCGCACGCAGAUAUCAGAGCUAAAGCACGAGUUACAAGAGAGUGAGGAUUUGAUGUACGCUGGGUCACGGACAUGCGAGAAACUCUCCAACGAAAUCGCCCGCGUCCGCGGUGAAAACGCAAAGCUCCAAGAUGAGUUAGCAGAAGCAAAACGGCAAGCCUCUGCAGCUCUCCACGAGAAGUCCCAGAACGAGAAUCUCCUUGCCAGUACUGUAAUGCAUCUUCAUACAAAGCUUCAAGACGCCGAGAAAACCGAGGCUCUCCUUUCAAACUCAAUAGCAUCUCUUCAAUCUCAGCCGUCCGCUCAAUUACAACAGGCACAGGCCCUUUUUGAAAAAUGCUGCGUGCUAGAAGGAGAAAACACUAGACUGAAGGAUGUAAUUCAUCGUUAUGAAGCUACCGCGCAGGAACUGCAGACCCGGCUGUCCGUGCUGUCCAGCGACCACCUGAAGCUGGAGUUCGAGUACAAGACGGUCCAGAAACAGAGGGAGCUGCUUGCAGUAAACUUGAGGGAGCUGCAGUCCCGGGCCUUGCACCUGAUGACAAAGGCCAGCGUCCUCGAGCUGGAGGCCCAGAGCAAGCAGCUACAGAUGCAGGCGGACUCUGCAACCGAGAUCAGCGUUACGCAGGACGGCCGGCGGCCCCUGAGCGCAGCUUCGGAGGGCGUGUUCGGGGCCCUGAGCCUCCACCCCGACGAGCCGAGCACAGACCUGCCACCGCGCGCAGGGUCGACCAUCUCUGCCCCCCGGGGCGCGUCGCAACCCCUGCCAGCGUACGAGGAGGAGAACAAGCGCCUGCAGGCAAUCGUGGAGGACCUGUCUGCAAAGGUCUCCCAGCUCUCUGAGUGUAGUGCACAGGCGCAGAAGGCGCUGGCAGAAAGCACGCGGCUCCGGGAGGAGCUGAGGGAGAAGGACCUCCUCAUCAGCGAGCUACGCAGCCAGUCCCCCGUUAGCGUGCAACACAACGCUCCAGUGAUCACAACAAUUAUUCCCACCGACCCAACGGAAGACCUGCAUGUCCUCAACGAGAAGUACGUCAUCGAAAUCACAAACUUGAAGAGGACUCUGCGAGAAAAGGAGAACGAGGAGAUCCUGCUUCGGCAGAGAUCCGAUCAGUUGGCGUCCGACCUCUCAGAGCUCCAGUCUAGGAUGAUGUCUCAUCCAUCCCAAACAUCAGACCAUCUUGUUGAGAAGAUUGAGACCCUCAGCGCAGACAAUGCAACGUUGCGGGCCGCGCUAGCUAAACUUGAAGAAGAGCAAGUAUCUCUCGCCGCUGACCGUGUGCGGCUCAAACGCCGUGUCAAUGAGCUAGUAGCAUAUAGCAAGAAGAUACGCGCGAUCCUUCAGAGUGUGCACGGUAAGCUUAUGUAUGCCGGCUCUAAGGGGUACCUGUACCGAGAGGAGAUCGAUGCAUUGGUGAUGGAGAUAUCUGGGGCAUUUAUGGAUAAAGUUAGUCUUCAAGAAGCCACUUUAACUGCCAGUGAAGCUAACACUCCCACGCUCUCGGGGGUGUCACAGCGACGAGGAUCUAUUGUGAAUGCAAACCAAUCUCCUCCAAGAAUACCACCUCGUAGUGAAAAGUCACGCAAGCCAUCUGCCUCCGAGCGUGAAGACUGUGGUCCAUCAAUUACGGACUCAUUGGCGGAACCGAUGAUUCUCCAGCCGGUGGUUCCUAGAUCCCUUGGUCGGAGCACCGGGCCUCGAAAGAGGGAGUCUGAGGAAGAAAGUCGCGUAACUCCGCGGCCAGGAAACUCCCUUGCAGAGUCUAGUUACAAGCGCAUCACAUCAUCUGUUGAGAAGCGUGCACACACUUCAUAUGUGCGGCGACCCAAUGAGUUUGAGGAAUACUAUGGGAAGAGUGGUCCUAUAGAGCCUCUAGGUUCUGCUUCUGGCCGCAGAUUUGAAAGCCCUGCCCUACGGUCCGCUUCCUCAUUCUCUGCGCUUCCCGAUAGAAACUCCUCUAAGGCAAGCAACACUACACUAGGCUCAGUCUCUCUCUUCCUGGCCCAGAAGACCGAAUCUCCGGUGUGCAUCCAGCAGCACCCUCCGAAGCAGAAGACUCCAGAACGAAGCAUGUCUUCAAACGAUUUAGCGACUUCCAUCGGACGGCGCAAACCACUCAUCUCUGUUGAGUCCCCAGACCUUGAGCUUCAGUGCGAAGACCCGAAGAAAGCCGUUGUGGAGGUUCAUGAUCCUGUCCACGAUGUGCAGUUAGAAGAACCUGAUCAGAGAAUAUCUGAAAAUUAUCUGCAGGACGUAGACGAUGAUGGUUAUGUAAGUAGGGUUGAUAGCUACACCGGCCCCACAAACGAGAGCAUGGAGCUGGAAGACUUUAACGAUGAAAACGUUACCGAAGGCUCAACCAUUAUUCCUGAUUCAACAAAUAGUGGCGAGCUAGACAUCUCUUUGGCGCAUGCCAUAUCCGUGGCCUCAAAUCCAUCCUAUGCAGUCCAGAAUGCUACUCUUGGCUCCUAUUUCGAAGAGGAACCGCAUGUGGAUGAGCAUAUGCAAAAUAUCACUGCGAAUAGGACCCCAGAGUCCCUCGCACACCACCGACAACAGGCACGAGAAGCGGGAGAGCUAGUUGGGAGCUUAACCCUCAGCAGAUUUGAGGGUGGUACCCCUGUCCGCCCUACUAAUGCAACCACUCUUGCAGCAGAAACAAUGAUCGAUAAAGAUAUUAACCAAUCCAGUGUUAGCAUGGCACAUGUUAGUCUAGAGCAGAGUCUUACCGAGAGCGGCUUGGCACGGCCACAGAUCAGUGUUCCCGAUGACAGCAGCGACACCUUUGACUUUGGAAAGCUAGGAGUACAGGGGCUACUGGUCCCAGAGCAGGCCAAGACGUCUCCGCUGCGGAAACGAGCAGUUGCGAGGCAGAGCUUAGCUCAGGAAAGCGAGCACGGCGCUUUUACAAAUCAAAGUAUCUCCCAGCAGCCUGCAAUAGCGUCUGGGUCUCUUUGCAGCGCUAAUGAUAUAAAUAGAUUGUCUCCUCCCAGGGCAUCUCCUAGUUCUUUUGCACAAAGGCCUCCCCCAUCUGGAAGAAUUGCGAACGGCUCCUCGCAUGAUCUGCCCAAUCCGGUGUCAUAUGAAAGGUCUGCACCCAUGACUGACGUGGAUCUCAACUAUUAUUCGGAUAGCUACUCUGUACAAGGCCAAGGACUCGGGGAGCCUCAUCCCAGUAGUCAGCAGCGCAGUCUGCAACCAUCUGGUCGCAAGAUCAUCCCGCCCGAUGACACCUUGAACGAAUUUAUCGACAGUCCAGAGAUCACUAUAAAGCCCUCCACAGCCCCGCGACUCGACGACAUGCAGGAUCUCGACCCAGACUCGCACUACCUUCUGGAGGAGAAAAGCGUGCAUCAAAAGACGCCAACUACAAGAAAGCUAGAGGCCUGGGAGAUGGACUUUGUCGAUGAAAAGAAGCCCGCCGGCAGGGUAGAGGGUGGGAUGGCCGACUCUACUCUUGAUUACUUGGCCAACAUGAGCGGAGCUGAAAUGGAUUUCUAUGACAGCAAGCAGUUCGAGGGAGGAGCGUCACUGGAGCGGAGCGCGCAGGGAGGAGCCAUGGGGGAGGGCCUGGCCAGUAGAAGCUUGAGCAUAGGCGUCGGGAACGCAGUUAAUGAGCCACUCUCCACCUUCAACGAGCUUGACAUAGACCUGUAG